AUGUUGCCUUUUGUUGUGGCAUGGUCAUUGUGGGUGCUGCUGGUUGUCGGCCAAGACCAGGUUGGGGCCCAGGGGCAAGACACCCGCACCAACCCCUGGAGACAGAUGAUCCAGUGGGAAAACAAUGGCCGGGUGUUCAGCCUGCUCAACAGCGGUGCCGAGUACGUCCCUGCCCGGGGCCAGGACCAGGACAGGAGUCACCGGGUGCUGCUGGCGGACGCCUCGUCCCGCACGUCCCGCAGACCCCAGGGGGGCAACGUGCGCAGGCAGGCCCCGUCCAGGGGCAGCUCUGAGUCAGCGCGCAGCCAGACCAGGCACUCUUUCGGAUAUGGACAGGUGCCGGAUAACUGGCGGCAGGGGAUGGCAGGAGGAGGAGAAUCUAGCAGGCGUUUCCAGUCUUCCUCCAGCUCCCGUGUCAGGCCAUCUACUGGCUUAUCAUCAUCUUCCUCAUCCUCGUCUUCAUCAUCAUCAUCCUUCUCUCAGUCUUUCAAUUCACCAUCAUACUCUGUCCCUCGCCAGCCCUCCUAUCCCGUACCCUUUGAUCCAAGUGUUGUGGAAGGUCGGGGGUAUGAGCCACCCUUCCAAAGGGGGUCAAGAUAUUCAGUGAGCACUGGCGGGGGAUACACUGGUGGAAGAUACACUAGCGGGAGUCUGGUGCCAGUGCAACCACGUUCACCUACGGACUACAGCGAGGACAGCUACCGUUAUUACCAGACAUAUGGGCAACCCCCCCAACCCAAUGCAGCCGUGCCAGUUGUACCAGCCCAGCCCGCCCAGCCCCCUGUCUCUGGCGGCCUGGACCGCAGUUACACACUCAGCCUGUACAAUGAAGAAUCCCCUGGAGCCAUCCCAGACGCCAACACGGCCCCUGACUCUAAUAUGGCCGCUGCACCUGUGGACAGGACGAGAACGGACAAUCAAACACCCUUGCGCAGCCCCCAGUAUGAGCAGUUCCCACCCUUUGGGAGACCCCAGCCACCCUUCGUCCCAAUUGCCCCAUCUGGACGGAACCCCAUCUCCCCAAACUCUGCUCUGGAGAACCCCAGCAUUAAUGUCGGGAGUGUCUACCGGCCUGAGCAGAGAGAAUUACCUGACCUGGUUCCUGACCCAAACUACGUCCAGGCCUCCACCUAUAUCCAACGGGCUCAUCUGUACUCUCUCCGCUGUGCCGCUGAGGAGAAAUGCCUGGCCAGUUCGGCAUAUGGCCCUGAAACAACAGACUAUGACAUCAGGGUGCUGCUGCGCUUCCCACAAAGGGUUAAAAACCAAGGCACGGCCGACUUCAUGCCCAACCGACCUCGCCACACCUGGGAGUGGCACAGCUGCCAUCAACACUACCACAGCAUGGACGAGUUCAGCCACUAUGACCUCCUGGAGGUCAGCACCGGCCGCAAGGUGGCGGAGGGCCACAAGGCCAGCUUCUGCCUGGAGGACACCACCUGUGACUUUGGCCACCUGAAGCGCUACGCCUGCACCGCCCACACCCAGGGUCUGAGCCCAGGCUGCUAUGAUACCUAUAAUGCUGACAUUGAUUGCCAAUGGAUCGAUAUCACCGAUGUCCAACCAGGGAACUAUAUACUAAAGCUCCAGGUGAACCCUAAGUACCUUGUGAUGGAGUCAGACUACACCAACAAUGUGGUCAGGUGUAACAUCCACUACACAGGCCGUUUCGUCACAACCACAAACUGCAGGAUUGCCCAGUCCUGAUCGGGUUCCCAGAGCUGACCACCGCGGCGCGUUCCAUCCAAAUGGGAACGGAGUCCGUCUCUUUGUUUUCACCGUCGCUGUUUUGAUUUCUCGGGCCCAAUCAUGAACUGGGGUUCUUCUGGCACUGAGGAAGAUGUGGAGGUAUUUACAC